UUCCAGACCGGGCGACGGAGAUGAUAACGUCGAACUCAGCUUCAAAAUUGGCACCGAGCUUCAAAAAGUCGAAGUGGUUGUGGCGAGACACCGUAUUUUCGUCACCCCCAACUUCGGUUCUCGCUUCCCAACUACUCAUGCUGCGGUAUAACAUUUGCACCCACUUAUGCCCCUCUUCGUCGUGCUUGAUUUUUUUGUCAAACAGAAACAGGCCCCACAUGUUCUUCUUGUACAGCUGCACCAACUGCCCUCUCCCGGUAGGCUUCCAAACCGCAAUGUUGACCCCGUACAUUUCGGGGAUGAGUGAAAGCCAGCACAAGUCCAGCCACUCCGUCCGUAGCUUCUCUUGCACUAUCGAAUCCAGCCAACGGUAGGUCAUCACGCCUUUGUCCGCGGGUUCAGGUGUGUUCAGCUCAUUCGGAUGCAUCCGGAAAGUUUCAGUGCACUGAAGAGCGCGAGCCCGACGCGUCUGCUCAGUCAGUUGCACAGUGGUCGUGACCGCUUGCGACGCUGAUGGUCCUAGGAUGUGGGAGAUGAUGCUGUGUUUGAGGGCACUCUUCACACCAUCAGACAUUCGUGGAACAAGCAUGUUCGUCUGUCCAAGACUCGCCUGGAGACCUUUCAGCAAGGCGUGGUAAGCACAAUCACCAUCUCCGGCAACCUCGUGUGCUUGAGCUUCUCCCGGGGGCGUGAACGUGCGGCGGGAUUCCCGU